UGGAAAGUGGGAGAGAGGCAUCAGCUCUAAAAAUCGCUUUUCAUGCCCCUGCGGAUGUUUAUAACACUGAUUAUUGGUAGAUUUUGAAGUGUGUGUUUCUUAGUCCAUUGUCUUCACUUAGGAUACGGACAAAUCGGUGUUCAAUCGAUUCUCGUUAUUCACAAGACCACUCGAAAUAGCUGUGCAUGUGUCCGAUACGUCUGCCAUGUGCCAAAAUUGAGCUGUUUUAAUCGUUUGAUACCAGCCCAGCUGCCUCAUGAAUCGUAAAAAAACCAUCGAUUACACCGUCACUCGAAGGCCCAGAGAGCGCGACUCAUCCAAGUUUCGCCAAGACAGUUCCAGUAGAGAAGCGAGAGGUCGUGAUGAUGGCAAUAGCCGUAGUAAGACUCCAUUUUGGUCGAACAACGACAAAAAUUUGGGAAGUCAAGCUAACUUCAGUACUUUGCAGAUGUUAGACAAAUUGAAGGACACGGAAACAGGGAGCCUUUAUGACAGAAAAAGGAAUCCUUUGCUGAGUAACUUACAGAAGGAGAUUGUCCCGUCUCAGCAUGACAGAGACAAAUUUGGAACAUUUGGGAAAGUAAUUGGAAGUGGCUUCUCAAGAGGUCAAAGCAGAGGACCAAUUAUUGAUGUAUUUUCAGAAGAUUCGCACAGUUUAUACAGUGAUUCAAACUCUAAACGAACAGAUUCUAGCAACAGUAAAGACUGGCAACACAGAAGAACGGACAAAAAUGACUCACAAAGGAAAAGAAGCCACAGUCCUGAUGAUGAGUUGUUGUCUUCGAAUUGGAGAAUUCGAGGAGACACAACAACUAAACGCAGUCAUAGUAAAAGCUUAAACCCAAGCAGUCAAUGCAUUGAUGAAGAUGUUGAUCUAAGAAGUGUGCUGAAACAGUUCCAAAAGAGUAGAUGGGAGGACAACAGUGAAGAUGUUUUUGAUUCAGGUUUCAGUGCAGAUUACAGAGAUGAUGACCAUCAAAGAAAAAAAGGUCCCUAUGAUGACAGUGUGAAAGGAAGUGACUGUAGAGAACCCAGGGACUCUUUAAGAACCAGUGAUGACAGAGACCACAGGGAAUCAAGAUAUGGCAGGACCAAACAUGGAAGUCUGAAUGAUAGAAAUGCAGAAGUAUGGUUGGACACUUACAAAGAGUCAUCAGCACUUGAGUUAUCAAGUUUGAGCUCUGAUGCUUUGAGAGACCUUCCAAUAUCAGAGCUUGCUCGAAAGGUAACUCAGAAGUACAAAACUGGCUUUGAGCUGGGAAGGCCAUUCUUUGGAUUGCAAUCAGAAGGCCAAGAUAAGGAGAGAGGUUGGGAAAAUCGAAACUUUGAUGUUUCAAAGGCACCUGAAAGGUGGAAACCAUCCUUGGAUGCUCUAAAUGACCAUGGAUCAGAAUCAUAUGGUAGGACUAUGGACAGCCGAAGCAUUACGCAGACACAGAGGAACUACUCAGGAAAGCAUUCCAACAGCAGCAACCUAUCAAAAUCUAAAGCUGGUGAAGAGUAUAUGUCAAAGAACAUUUUUGAGUAUGAAGACCACAAGGCAGACAGCAGUAGACAAAAAGGCAAUUCAAAAAUGGUAGCUCAGUCUUUUAAAAGUAGCACUUCAACAUCACACACAGUUUUCAGCCAAAAGACUUUGAAAGGUUCGGCCUCAUCCAUGCUGAAUUCAAGGCAAAAACCUCAGUUUCCAUCUGGAUUUUUGCCAAGGCAGUUGCAAACACCAGUUGGUAAAAAUGGUAAGAAUGUGGAAGUUGGCAAAGGUAAAGGACUGGAUGACCCAUCUUCAUUUCCACACAAAAGUGGUUACUAUCCAAGGAACACAACAGAAAUAUCAAGGUCACGCAGCAGAAGUUCUGAGGGAGACGAUUUUACCAAAGACCUUGGGAGUAGCAUAAGUGGCUCAAAAAGAGAGGUCAGACCUCCUUCCAAGGGGAAAUUUACAAACCAGAAUUGGUUAAGUUUGGACAGUAAUGUAAAACAAUCCACAGGAAAAGGUACUUCAAAAGGCACUAAGCAGCAGAGUGCAGAACAGGGUAGCAUGCAUUCAAACAGCAACAGUGGUAGAGGAGGCUUUAAACCUAGUGGUAGAGGAAAUUUGCAAACCAAGAAGGGUGGAAGAGGUACUUCAUUCAGUCCUCGAGGCAGAGGAAGGGGUGCAAAGGGUAGGGGCAGUAUUAAUAGUAAUAAAGGAAGAGGCACUAUGAGUUUAAGAGGAAGAGGAUCAGCAGUGCGUGGAAGAGGCAGAGGAGUCAGUCAGCCGCCGGUAGGUGCUACGGUCAGAAACAUAUUCCGAAGAAGUAGAUCUGUCUCCCCUGUGGGAAGCAAAUUUCGAAGAUCUUCCAGGUCUCCAAACAGUCCAAAACAAGACAAAAAAAGGAGGAAUGAAAGAAGUAAAGAAAAAAGAAGUAGAAGCCGAAGCAGCAGUUUUUGCAGCACCUCUAGCAGUCACAGUUGCAGUACAAGUUCCAGUUGGUGCAGUGUUAGUCUUGACAGUCUGUCAGGGAAAGGUGAUGGAGACAGGAAAAGACAUCAUAAACAUAAGAUGCACAGUUAUGAGAUGAAAGAAAAGAGUACAGUUAAAUCAGUGGAGAAGUUAAAAAAUGAUAUAAAAACUAUGGAAAAGCAGCUUGAACAAAAAUAUUCCAGGUCUUUUGGUGAGAAGAAAACAGAAGGUCCUGAUUGUAAAUUUGAUGCAGAGACUGUAAAGGGAAAGCCAAAAGUAAACAUCAAAGAUGAGGACAAAUGGUUUGAGCAAAAAACAAUCAAAACUGCUCUUGAAAAGGGAAAGGAAGACUCUAAGGGUACAUUUGACUUUAAAACUCUGAGGGAAGGGUCACAGUUAAACAAUAAAGAGGAGAAGAAAGAUAUAAAAACUAGAGAGAGACACAAUGGGAAGAAUGUGCCUGUUGUUAAAGAAGAAAAGGGGAUCAAAGAACAACAAGGUAAAGAUUUCAAAGAUGUCAAGAGGGAAGGAAAGAAAAAGACAGACAAUGUGAGAGAGGUAAUUUUCAAACGAGACAAGGAGAAAGAGUCACCAAAAAUUACAAAUAAAAAUGGAGAGUCUCCAGUUCGUGAGGUGAAGAUUGUAAAUGAAGUGAAGAACAGAAAGGAUAAAGUUCCUGAUGAGAAAUUAGGUUCAAAGAUAGAGCUCAAUACUCUAAAGAUAACAAUUGAUCAAGUUAAAAAGAGGCCUGAUUCCAAGAAAGACAUAGGUGAGGAAAAACUUUUGAAUGAAGGAAAAAGGUCUUCUAAGUCACCACCUGGAAAACAGAAGAAAAAAGAAAAAGAGAAAGUAAAGGCAAAGAAGGCAAAGAAGAAAGCCAAGAAAAGAAAGCACAACAGGGAUAGUGAAGAAUCAGGUGAUGAAUCAGUAUGUAGUGGUACUUCUGGCCAAGAUGAUUCUUCUUCUUGCAUAUCACAGAAAGGUCACUCUGAUGAACGGAUUGUAGAGGUUUCCUCAUCAGUAGGUUUUGAUACCAAUGCAAUUGCAGUGCACUAUGCUAAAAGAGAAAAAGCAAAGUAUGGUAAAGGAAAAGUCAGGAACAAUCUAAUUUCUGUUCCUGUUUCAGAAGGAGCAGAUAUUGCACAAGAGAGGAAGAUCCUUCCAAAAGAAGGAUCACAAUGGCUAAAUGAGCAACAGCAUGGUUAUACAUUGACUAAUGAAGGACAACAUAGCAUCAGUAGUGAUGUCCCUUGUACUGAAAUGUUGUUUCCUAAUGAAGGUACAUUUUAUGAAGGAUACACUGAAAGUGCUGUUGGUGAUCAAGACUAUACCACUAUGUAUCAGGAAAGUGAGAAUCCCAGCCAGGUGUGGCCAUCAGAGCAUGCAGAGGGUGAUGACCCUAACAACUACUAUUAUGAAGAAGGAGCAGAGGGUGAAGGUUAUGAGCAAGAGUACUAUUCCUACGUUGAAGAGGGCGACUGUCAGACUGGUGAUCUAGGAGACAAUCAGGAGUGGUUUGAAGGUGAAUAUCCACAGGAAGGUGCAGAAGGGGAAGUUUAUGGUGGAUAUGAAGGGGAAUAUUACCUUGGGGAAGAUGGACUCUAUUACCCUGUUGAAGGUGAGGAGUACCAGGAGUACCAGGAAUACCAGGGAGAGUAUGCAGAGGGUGGAACAGAUGGGCAUGGUUUUGAUCCAGAGCAGGGUGGUACCUACACUGAAGGUGACUACCAGUAUGCUGAAGAAAGUGGUGUGUGGCAGCAUUAUGAGGAAGGGGCAGUUUACCAUGAUGAGGAAGCUUGGAAUCAGGGUGAAAUAGAGGGACAUUGGCAAGAGGAGUACCAGGAAGGUUAUCAUGGAACUGACUGUGAAUGGGGCACCGAGUACUCUCAAGAAUAUGAUGCUGGUGCACAAGGGUAUAAUGUUGAGGGGGCUGAGGUUUUGCCUGAAGAGGGCUGUAGUACAAGUGAAGGAUAUGAUCACCAGUUGGCAACAGAGCAACAGUACAUGGAGGAAGGUCCUGUCCAUGAGGAAGGCUACCAUGUUGAAGAUGGCUUGGAAUCUCAGCAACAAGGGAAGCUAGUAACAUCUGCACAUCAUGAAGAUGCACAUCAUGAAGAGCCUCCAACAUUAAAAGAAGACAUGGCUACUGCUCCAGCUGUGAAGGAUGUUCAACAAAGCAAACCACUUAAGUCUAUCCUCAAAAAGAGCAAGCAACUUGCAAACGAUGGAAAAGGGACAAAACUAGUCAGUGAACGCCUUUCUCAAAUGAAAAGACAGUCAGCACACACAACAGGUGUACUUCAAAAAAGUAGUGCAUCUUCUUCAUCUGUCCAAUCUGCCCAAUCAGUUGAUAAACAAGAGGAGAGUCCAGACCAAAUAGCUACAGCAAGUGCUCAGUCUGAGGCACAACGCUAUCGUGAAAUGGAAGAGGCCAUUUUGUCUUCACAACCUAAAGAUGCAGUUGGUACAGAAUAUGUGAUACGAGUCCAUGGAAGUGGGACAGCAAAUUUCUACUGUAAACUUUGCCAGUGUCACUUUAAUACACUGACAGCUAAAAACUUACAUAUAAAAGGAAUGAAACAUAUAGAGCUCUAUAUCCGCUUAAAGUCUUCACUAUUACAAUCUGUCAUAAAGGACACCAAGGUGAAAGCUGCUAAAAGACCUCCAGAUGAUGAUCCAUCAACAACACAAAAAAUUCCACGGCGAUUUUAACAUGACUUUUUGUAAUACAAAUGGCAACAAGACACUACAUGAGGCCAGAGAUGCAACUGGAAAAUAUUUUCAUUUGUUUUUCUUGCCAGGAAAGAAAAACAGACAUUACUAAUGGUGCAUAUUUAACUACAUCUAGUGUGAGUUGUGAAAAAUGGAUAUGAAUUCUUAAGAAAAUUAUAGAGACUUGUAGAUUGUAGUGUUAGCUGGUGUUCCUAAAUUAAAUAUAACUUUUGUAAGGAAAUGGAGAUUGAUGCUUGUCAGAUGAAUAUUGUUUUCUCAGGCCCUUUUCUAUUCAUAUUUUUACAUAAAUGUAUUUAUUUUAAAAAAUACUUUGAAGCAUUUCAGGAAAGGAGGUUAUCCCCCUUGGUUUUCACCACUAACAGGUUGAUAAAAAGUGUCUCUUUUCACUUUUUUAUAAUAUGGAAAACUUAAUAUAUUUCAAUCUAUCAAAGAGCCUCAUAUGUGGAAGAAAAUGUCCAAGUGGAAUUUAAAGCCACAGGCAGGGAUUAUUUAUUCUUAAGACUUACCAUCAGUGUUUAACUUGUUAUUAAUUAAGGUCAUCCAGAGCUUUCAACAUAAUGGUUGUUUACUUGCGGUCAUUGAAAAAGAGAUAGACCUAUUGUAGAUUUGUUGGUCAUUCUUAGAAAAUAAUCAUCCCACAUUGAUUCAGCAUCAAGAAUUGUGUGAAGUAGGUUUCAAAUGAUUUUCUCUAUGAGAAUAUUUGUACUGUCAAGAACACCUCAUUCUGUAGAAAGGCAUGUGAGGUACUAGUACUUGAUUAUUUCCAGUGAUAAUAGUUUUGUUUGUCUGAAGAUUCCCAGUAUUUGGUGAAUAAAAAGGUGAUUUAAAAGGUUAAAUUUUUGGAUAAGCUGGCUGAUAUCUUGGAGUGCAAAAAAAAACUUAAUUAGAUUGCUGGACAUAAAUUGGCCUUCUGUUGUUUUUAUAGGAGGGUGGUUGUAUUCAGUAGACAAGAUCACAACCAACAAAUGUACUCUGAAUUUCUCCAUUCUGGGUAAUUAUUCUCUCAAGUGUUAUGUAAUCUGAAAAGUGUAAUUUUAAACUGGGGUUGCUUUGCACCAAACUGACUACAAGGUUUUGACUCAUUAUUGUACUUAUCAGACUGUUUUUGGGGAUGGAGGAAAAUUCUGGGUGUGUAUCCAACCUGCCUGUUAUAAAUAGUAACCCAUAUGUACUGCUUUUACACCUGUCCUUAACACUCUCAACCAAAGGUAGUUUUGUCUAGCACUUUUUCUUAGAAGUAUCCUGGAAAGCUUAAGUUAAACAUUUUAUACGACAAACAAAGAUAAAAUUAAGUUCAUCUCUUCUUUGUUACCUAGUCAUUACUAUGAUUACAGUAUGGCUCUAAAACUUAGUAUACUUGUUGAAUAGUCAUGAACAACAGAUUUUAUGUUUUGCCUCCAUUCUGAAAUUAUGUAAUAAAUCAAUAA